CUCCCCCGCUGCCCCUCCCCCGCCCCGCGAACGAGCGAGCGUCCUCCGCGGCUGAGGCGGCAGAGAUUGGAAUCUGCUUGCCCGCCGCGCGGAGGAGGAGGAGGAGGAGGGCGGAGGGAGGAGGGAAGGGCGGGGAGGGAGGCUCGAGCUCCCGCGCGUCGGCCCCGCGCGAGACGACGACUGUACGGCCGCGCGAGGGGCGACCGGGCCCGGGCCGCUGCACGCCGAGGGCGGAGGCCGAGCCGGGCCCCGCCGCCCCGCGGCUGUCCGUGCCCGCCCGCGCCGAGCGCCGGAGGAUGAGUUUCUCGGGAUCCCGCAGAUUUAUGAAAAUAUGCAUCGCUUUGAUACUGUCUUGGAAUUCAUGAGAUGGAAGCAUAGGUCAAAGCUGUUCGGAGAAAUUGGAACUACAGUUUUAUCUAGCCACAUCUCUGAGAAUUCUGAAGAAAGCAGCAGGUGAAAGUCAUUGCCAAGUGAUUUUGUUCUGUAAGGAAGCCUCCCUCAUUCACUUACACCAGUGAGACAGCAGGACCAGUCAUUCAAAGGGCCGUGUACAGGACGCGUGCGAAUCAGACAAUGACUCAGCUAUACACUUACAUCAGAUUACUGGGAGCCUGUCUGUUCAUCAUUUCUCAUGUUCAAGGGCAGAAUCUAGAUAGUAUGCUCCAUGGCACUGGUAUGAAAUCAGACUUGGACCAGAAGAAGCCAGAAAAUGGAGUGACUUUAGCACCAGAGGAUACCUUGCCUUUCUUAAAGUGCUAUUGCUCAGGACACUGCCCAGAUGAUGCUAUUAAUAACACAUGCAUAACUAAUGGCCAUUGCUUUGCCAUUAUAGAAGAAGAUGAUCAGGGAGAAACCACAUUAACUUCUGGGUGUAUGAAGUAUGAAGGCUCUGAUUUUCAAUGCAAGGAUUCACCGAAAGCCCAGCUACGCAGGACAAUAGAAUGUUGUCGGACCAAUUUGUGCAACCAGUAUUUGCAGCCUACACUGCCCCCUGUUGUUAUAGGUCCGUUCUUUGAUGGCAGCAUCCGAUGGCUGGUUGUGCUCAUUUCCAUGGCUGUCUGUAUAGUUGCUAUGAUCAUCUUCUCCAGCUGCUUUUGCUAUAAGCAUUAUUGUAAGAGUAUCUCAAGCAGGGGUCGUUACAACCGUGAUUUGGAACAGGAUGAAGCAUUUAUUCCAGUAGGAGAAUCAUUGAAAGACCUGAUUGACCAGUCCCAAAGCUCUGGGAGUGGAUCUGGAUUGCCUUUAUUGGUUCAGCGAACUAUUGCCAAACAGAUUCAGAUGGUUCGGCAGGUUGGUAAAGGCCGCUAUGGAGAAGUAUGGAUGGGUAAAUGGCGUGGUGAAAAAGUGGCUGUCAAAGUGUUUUUUACCACUGAAGAAGCUAGCUGGUUUAGAGAAACAGAAAUCUACCAGACGGUGUUAAUGCGUCAUGAAAAUAUACUUGGUUUUAUAGCUGCAGACAUUAAAGGCACUGGUUCCUGGACUCAGCUGUAUUUGAUUACUGAUUACCAUGAAAAUGGAUCUCUCUAUGACUUCCUGAAAUGUGCCACACUAGACACCAGAGCCCUACUCAAGUUAGCUUAUUCUGCUGCUUGUGGUCUGUGCCACCUCCACACAGAAAUUUAUGGUACCCAAGGGAAGCCUGCAAUUGCUCAUCGAGACCUGAAGAGCAAAAACAUCCUUAUUAAGAAAAAUGGAAGUUGCUGUAUUGCUGACCUGGGCCUAGCUGUUAAAUUCAACAGUGAUACAAAUGAAGUUGACAUACCCUUGAAUACCAGGGUGGGCACCAAGCGGUACAUGGCUCCAGAAGUGCUGGAUGAAAGCCUGAAUAAAAACCAUUUCCAGCCCUACAUCAUGGCUGACAUCUAUAGCUUUGGUUUGAUCAUUUGGGAAAUGGCUCGUCGUUGUAUUACAGGAGGAAUCGUGGAGGAAUAUCAAUUACCAUAUUACAACAUGGUGCCCAGUGACCCAUCCUAUGAGGACAUGCGUGAGGUUGUGUGUGUGAAACGCUUGCGGCCAAUCGUGUCUAACCGCUGGAACAGCGAUGAAUGUCUUCGAGCAGUUUUGAAGCUAAUGUCAGAAUGUUGGGCCCAUAAUCCAGCCUCCAGACUCACAGCUUUGAGAAUCAAGAAGACACUUGCAAAAAUGGUUGAAUCCCAGGAUGUAAAGAUUUGACAAUUAAACAAUUUUGAGGGAGAAUUUAGACUGCAAGAACUUCUUCACCCAAGGAAUGGGUGGGAUUAGCAUGGAAUAGGAUGUUGACUUGGUUUCCAGACUCCUUCCUCUACAUCUUCACAGGCUGCUAACAGUAAACCUUACCGUACUCUACAGAAUACAAGAUUGGAACUUGGAACUUCAAACAUGUCAUUCUUUAUAUAUGGACAGCUUUGUUUUAAAUGUGGGGUUUUUUUGUUUUGCUUUUUUUGUUUUGUUUUGGUUUUGAUGCUUUUUUGGUUUUUAUGAACUGCAUCAAGACUCCAAUCCUGAUAAGAAGUCUCUGGUCAACCUCUGGGUACUCACUAUCCUGUCCAUAAAGUGGUGCUUUCUGUGAAAGCCUUAAGAAAAUUAAUGAGCUCAGCAGAGAUGGAAAAAGGCAUAUUUGCCUUCUACCAGAGAAAACAUCUGUCUGUGUUCUGUCUUUGUAAACAGCCUAUAGAUUAUGAUCUCUUUGGGAUACUGCCUGGUUUAUGAUGGUGCACCAUACCUUUGAUAUGCAUACCAGAAUUCUCUGCUGCCCUAGGGCUUAGAAGACAAGAAUGUAAAGGUUGCACAGGAAGGUAUUUGUGGCCAGUGGUUUAAAUAUGCAAUAUCUAGUUGACAAUCGCCAAUUUCAUAAAAGCCAUCCACCUUGUAACUGUAGUAACUUCUCCACUGACUUUAUUUUUAGCAUAAUAGUUGUGAAGGCCAAACUCCAUGUAAAGUGUCCAUAGACUUGGACUGUUUUCCCCCAGUCACCAUUUUGUUCUCCUUUUGGUAAUUAUUUUUGUUAUAAAAAGCCACCUAUCCAGAAUUGGAGCUCUCUGUCUUGAACCAUACUUUGAAAGAAACGCCUCUUCCGUACUGCAUCUGAUCACAAUGUGCAUACCUAUGAUCAAAUUCUGGAGUCUUUGUUCUCGGUACCUCCUAAAAAGGAAAGUUGAUUCUUGUGUAACAUGCUUUUAUUUUCAGAACCUGCACAGCUGUCAUUCUAGCCAUGUUUUACCUACACACUCAGUUCUAUACAAGACAGCCCAUACACUCUGUCUCACAUCUGAUCCUUGGUGGGAAGUGUUUUAAAGUAGAACUAUGUAUGAAUUUCAGAAUUCAUGCAUUUUAAAACUUCACUAAGAUAUUGUCUCAUAUCUUUAUGAGAAUGUCAGCUGACUUUUCAACUAACAGUAAAUGUAUUUUAGAUAUCUAAAUCUUUUGAAAUUUGGUUUUACAAUUUCUGGUCCCUAAUUGUGAAGACAAGAGGCAGAAGUACCCAGUCACUACCCAUAUUUACACUGAACGUUAUUAAAUAAAAUGAUGUGUAUUUUAUUAUAAAAUAAAUAUAGGCCUUGUUAUCUCAAAAAACAGAUCUGGUUCAAACUUAUUAUACCAAUAUCAUACUAUUUAAAUGUUCUAAGUAAACAAGCCAUGUGAGCAUCAAGUGGCAUUGGCUCUUUGGAUGAAACAUAAACUUAAGGUGAUUGUAUCAACACAUAGAGUGACUGAAAUUAAAUGGGAGGCAGGUAGAGCAUAUGUCCAUCUGUCCACCUACAGGCAUGACUAAACUACAGCUCAUAUUCCACAAAUUUGAGAUUUGUCUUGCCUGGUUUGUUUAGUGAGUCUCAUCUGAUGUACCUAAAGCCUGAGAGUACUGAGGUCUGAUUUUAUAUCUUUCCUGAAUAAACUAAAUCUUUUUUGUCACUUAUCAUCUUAAUGAUAUACCUAAGGAAUAAUUCUUUGGCAUGUUUCAGUUGUGUGUGGCAGCCACUGUAAUGACUCUUCUCUAAGAAAGGCUGUCAGGAGUUAAUUAUAAGGCAGGCAGUGAGCGCUCUAGUCACUGCCUUCCCACGCUGCCAUCACUGCAUUCAUGGGAAUCAGUGACGUUCUCGAAAUGGCAAACGCUGCUGCUUUUCCUUAUUUGGAAUCCUAAAAUCAAAAGUUGCAUUAAACUUACUGUGUUCUCUUCUCCCUCUCAGCCAUAAAUGUAAAAUUCAGUAAGUAAAAAUAUUUAAAGAGUGUAUCAGCCCUUUGGCCAGUGAGAUAGCUCAGUAGAUAAAGGCAUUUGCUGCCAAGUCCUCAACCUCAAUUCAGACUCUGGGGGACACAUGGCGAAGGGAGGAGCCAACUACCCCAUCAUUGUCCUCUGACUUCCACACACUCCAUGGCUUGCGCCCCUCCCCACAGACACACACCAUGUACUCCACAAAAGUAGUUUAAAGGAAAAAAAGAAUAGAACCCACUGUGUAAUGGAAUAAGUAUUAUGUAGUUACUUAACAACUUGUAAAAAUCUGGAAACUAUGAUUUGGUUCCCCUUUGAAUCUAGAGUUUAAAAAACAGAUGGCUAAAAUCAGCCAUCAUUUAAAUAAUUAAAAAUAAAAGCCCCAAACCCCAAACUGCCUAAAUAAAUACCAAGUAAUCCAGGAAGCCGUCAUGUGUGGUUUGUAUGACCAGUAGUUCUCUGGUACAGAGCAUGUUAAGAUUUGCCCCAGCCUGAUUCUCUGAGGUCUCUGCAUUACUGAGUACUGUUCUGAGUAUAAAAUCUGAACUGAUUUCUCUAGAAAUACUGUAACAAAAAGGUAUUUUAGUCAGCAUGUUAUGUUAACCCUUCCACUGUCUAGAAACUUGAAUAAGCACAUAAAGACACCUUUUGCUGUCAUCAUCUGUUGUCCUGGAAUGUGCCAGUUUUAAUUUAUUCAUUCUAAUGAUAUUCAAUUUGCUUUUCUUUUUUAGAUGUUUUUCUUGUUUAGAGUAAAAGGACGAAUUUUUCAAGAACCUUGCAUCUCUGAUUUGGCCUAAGGUCAAAUUGGAUAUUGAGUAGUCUAUUCCAGGGCAGAUUUCCUAAGCAAUACUUGUCUUUUCAGCUAUGUAUUGUUUUGAAAUGUUUCCAUUUCAACAGAGGUGUAAGUCAUGUGAAAAGAAAGGUGGUGUAGCCCUUGUGGUAAUGACACAAGUUGACUUGCGUCAGAUGUUAAGCAGGGACAGUUCUCCCACCUCCUGGCUGUAAGGAGUGGAAACUAGGCAAGCAGUGUAUCAGUCCACAGAGGACAGGAAGGGUCAUCCCAUAAAGAAAGCCUGUGAGUAUGGCUUUGGCAAAAAAUUAGACAUAAUACUGUCCUUUUAGGUUGUGCUCUGUUCUUUCCUUUCAGUGGAAUUAUUUAAGCUCUUUAGUGGCCUUUGUUUUUCCCACUUAAAAACUAAAAUGUAGCAUAUAUUGUAUAAAAUGGAAAUAUUAAUAGCUUAGGGAAACUGUACAUAAGGCAUUGACAGGUUUAAAAAAAGCAUUUUUAUUAUGCAGUUGUAAAACACCAAAAAUAUAGAUUCAUCUUGAUAUGUAACACUAAGUGUAUUUUGUACAGCAUCUGAUUUGAAAGGUGCCUUAUGAAGUUUACCAUUAAUUGCUUUGUUCUAUAUACAGAUUAUGUCCAAUGUAUCAUUUUUCAGUAAAUAACCUUAUUUUAGUAUACUUCA